UGGUGGUGCUGCCGGGACCUCCGCGGCGGGAGCGGCGGCAGGAGCCAGGCGGACCCGGCCCGGCCAUGGACGAGCAAGCAGGGCCCGGCGUCUUCUUCAGCAACAACAACAACAACAACGCGCUGCUGCUGCCGCCGCCGGCGGGCGGACCGGGGCUCGAGCCGGGCGAGGCGGCGGCAGCGGCGGCCGCCGCGGCGGUAGCGGGAGGAGGCGGCGGCGGCGGGGGGGGUCGCAGCCUCCGGAGCCGCCGCACCGUUUCGGCGUCUCGGGCUCAGUACAGCGUGCCGGGCAUCCUGCAUUUCCUGCAGCACGAGUGGGGCCGCUUCGAGGCGGAGCGCGCCGAGUGGGAGGCGGAGCGGGCGGAGCUGCAGGCCCAGAUUGCCUUUCUUCAAGGUGAAAGGAAAGGACAGGAAAAUCUGAAGAAGGAUCUAGUGAGAAGAAUCAAAAUGCUGGAAUAUGCACUUAAACAGGAAAGGGCUAAAUAUCACAAAUUAAAAUAUGGCACAGAAUUGAAUCAGGGAGAUAUGAAGCCACCAAACUAUGAUUCUGAUGAAGGGAAUGAGGCAGAGAUUCAACCACAACAGAAUAGUCAGCUAAUAUGGAAACAAGGACGACAGCUGCUAAGACAGUAUCUACAAGAAGUGGGCUACACGGACACGAUAUUGGAUGUGAAGUCAAAACGAGUGCGAGCUUUGUUGGGCCUCUCAAGUGAUGCUUCAGACAAAGAAAACAGAAAUCAAGAGCCGAUGGUAAAUGGCACAGAGGGCCAGAUUAAAGAAAGCACAAUGAUCGGGAAACCUGAAUUGACUGACUCUGCCUCUCUGCUAGAGACCUUCAAAUUUCUUGAAAAUGCAGCUGCAGAAUUUAGUGAUGAAGAAGAUGAAGAAGAUAUUGAAGGAAGAGAGAAAACAAUCAUUGAUACCGCAACAAUUGUAAGGAAAAGAGUGCUAUCUGAGAGCAGUGAAGACAGAGAUACAGAAGAAGCUUUGAAAGAGUUUGACUUUUUGGUUACCUCAGAUGAUGGUGAUGGGGAAUCGAGAAGUUCAGGAGAUGGAACAGACUGGGAAAAGGAAGACCAGUGUCUCAUGCCUGAAGCCUGGAAUGUCGACCAGGGAGUUAUAACCAAACUCAAGGAACAAUACAAAAAGGAGCGCAAGGGGAAAAAGGGGGUGAAGAGGCCCAACAGGUCAAAGCUGCAAGAUAUGCUUGCAAACUUGAGAGAUGUUGAUGAUCUCCCUUCGUUACAGCCAUCUGUUGCACCUUCUUCUAGGCCCAGUAGCUCAAGGCUCAUUGAACAUGAGAUAAACAGGACGGAUGAAGUGGAAGCUUUAACAUUCCCUCCUUCUUCAGGGAAAUCUUUCAUUAUGGGAACAGAUGAAGCCCUUGAAAAUGAGCUGGGUCUUGGAGAACUGGCAGGCCUUACUGUAGCAAAUGAGGCAGAUUCGCUGACUUAUGAUAUAGCCAACAAUAAGGAUGCAUUGAGAAAGACUUGGAACCCCAAAUUUACAUUAAGAAGUCACUUUGAUGGAAUAAGAGGUCUCGCUUUUCAUCCGGUUGAACCAGUCUUAAUAACAGCUUCAGAGGACCAUACUUUAAAAAUGUGGAAUUUACAAAAAACAGCCCCAGCAAAAAAGAGUGCUUCUCUUGAUGUAGAGCCAAUAUACACCUUCAGAGCACAUAAUGGACCAGUGCUCUGUGUGGUGAUGAGCAGUAACGGUGAACAGUGUUACAGUGGGGGAACGGAUGGCCUUAUCCAUGGCUGGAACACAACCAACCCGAACAUUGACCCCUAUGACUCUUAUGAUCCUUCUGUUCUAAGAGGUGCUUUUGUAGGCCAUACUGAUGCAGUGUGGGGUCUGGUUUACAGUGGAGCGCACCAGCGAUUGCUGUCCUGUUCAGCAGACGGCACUAUACGUUUAUGGAAAGCUACAGAAAUUGCUCCAGCUCUCAAUAUAUUUAAUGAUAAUCAAGAAAUGGGAAUCCCUUCCUCAGUAGAUCUUGUGAGCAGUGAUCCAAGCCUCAUGGUAGCAUCAUUUAACAGUGGACACACUAGCAUUUUUAACAUGGAGACACGGCAACGAAUUCUUACCCUGGAGUCCAGUGUGGAUACAACAAUCAGUUCCUCCUGUCAGAUAAAUAGAGUCAUCAGCCAUCCAACUCUUCCAAUUAGUAUCACUGCUCAUGAAGACAGACACAUCAAAUUCUAUGACAACAAUACAGGAAAACUGAUCCACUCCAUGGUAGCUCACUUAGAUGCAGUUACAAGUUUAGCUGUUGAUCCUAAUGGCUUGUAUUUGAUGUCUGGCAGUCAUGACUGCUCAAUUCGUUUGUGGAAUCUUGAAAGCAAGACCUGCAUCCAAGAAUUUACUGCUCAUCGCAAAAAAUUUGAUGAGUCCAUUCAUGAUGUGGCAUUCCACCCCUCCAAAUGUUAUAUUGCCAGUGCAGGAGCUGAUGCCCUGGCUAAAGUGUUUGUAUGACAGAGUGCUUCCUGUUCAACUUUAGCUUUGUAUAUAUUUAACCAGCUGCACAAAGAGAAGAGGAGGGCAUGAGUUGUUUUAUCUUGCCCUGUAAUUCAGAGAAUGUUUGUAAGUGUUUAGUUUUGCAGGGUGCUGUUUUCUAAAUUGACAUUUGCUCUGAUUUCUGUGAGCUCAGCUGGUGCUGAGAGCUUGGAAUCUCUCAGUUUCACAUAGUUUAAAAAAAAUAAAAAAUAAAUGCUUUUAUUGUAGAGGGUGUGAAUUUUCGUCCAGGCAGGCCUUGGGUGAAACUAGGUCUACGUAUUCUCUAUUAAUAAAAUGGGAGUACUGGAAAGAAGGGGUCUAAUUGCAUCAGGGAGUAGGAAAAGAGGGAAACUUCCUAGGAUGCUUCUCAUUGAGGAAUCUUAAUGUUAAAUCACCUGGAAAAAGUGAUUCAGAGUCAGUUCACAUGCUCAUUACUGUACCACGUGAGAGGCACUUUGUCAUCUCUUUGAUAUGAAUAAAGUAGAUCUUGUUCAGAGAGCAGUAGCGGAUUGUUAAUCUCAGCCUAAUGUGGUUGCUAGCCUAAGGUAAAUGCAAUUAAAGGAAAGCAGAUUACUAACAUAAAUUAAAAUGCAGCAAAGUUUCUGUUACAUCUUCUGUGUUAUACAGUAAACAUUUAGUUUGCAAAAAAAUUUAUAUAAUUUUUAAAGACUGUAUUAGCAUAUGGCUAGAAGCUGAGCCUUUACUCUAAGUCCCAAUAAACAACAGACUGAAGCAGUCUGUAUAUAUUGUAGUAGCGAUCUUAACUUAUUCAAUGCUGUUUAUUCUUGGAGAUCUGGCACAAGAAAUUAUCCUAAAGCUUUCCAAAGAAGCUGUUGUACAAUUUAGUUAUCAAACAUUCAUCUCCUCUUCCUGUUUCUGCUAAAAAGGGUAUCAUUCUGGGCAUUAAAAGAUAACAUGAAAUACUUUUUUUGAAGAUUAAAUUUAUACCUUUGUAUGAGUCCUGCUAGUGGAAUAGGUGGGAACUAUACAAAACUCCAUCAGUCUGAGAGAUUCUGCUACUUCUAGAGGUAUUUCCCAGCUUCACCUUUUGUGGGACUUUCUAACUUGUCCACUUUGCUGGGUGUAUGGUGCCAUUGAUUAGGUUACCUGAAGAAUGAGUGCUUCUUGUAACUGCUCAACAGAUGUGCUUUGUUUAUCUAUUCAGAGCUUCUCUGUUGACUUGAAUGACAAAUAACUUUUAAUCCAAUCUUUUAGUCUUUUUAUACCUUCUUAAAGGAAGGUGAGUGGAUUCUUUUCUAUUAUGUGUCAUCAUCAGAGUUAUUACUGUUCAUAAGCAUGAAAUUGGUCUUUUCCUCUAAUGGGAAUGGAAAGCAGAAUUUCUGCUGGAGAUGAUUUCUGAUGCUGAUGUGAGUAGGAAAGAACCCAAUGCAACUCUUCAUAUACCAGCCUGAGGUUAAGACUGGAAACUGGUAAAUAAAUCUUUACCUUUAAACUGACACUUUGUAAACAGAAGUCAUUGAAAAAUAUCAAAAUAGGGUUUGACUGUUGCUUUUAGAUGGCAUUAGGGGAUGGGACCACAUUUGAAGCUGAUCUCAGAGUUUAAAUCAAGUAUAUUAUUUAGGUAAAAGGUUGACCCAUGUACUGUUUGAGCCUGCAACACGUUAUAUGUACUGCUAAAAUAUCCUGGAAUACCUUUUAUUGCUCAGAAUAUUCAGAUAUGUCACUUCAUGAUAUUGAUAUGUAAUAUAUUUCCAUAGAUAAGAUUAGAACUUUUACCAUAAAACAGAUGACUACAAUAAUAAUACAGAUUAUUUAGUUUUUAUAAAAUGUUUUGGUUAUGAUGGAAAGGGGGAAACUUGGCUGCAAAACUGAGCAUUCAACUUUGUGAGAAUUCUGUGUACUUGACUCAUAUUCUUUCAGUGUCAUUAUUUUAUUUCUUUUUGAAGAGAAAAUUACAAAGAUUUAUUUGAAAAAUUCUAAAAGUUAUGUAUAUUAUAUAUGUGUAUAUAUAUUGUAAACAUGUAUUAAAUGUGUCUAGUAAGGGAAGACUCCAUGGGUGCAUUUUAAUGUUUUAGUAUUAAGAGUUCUCUUGAGUUUGUGUAUACAGAGGAUAAUGGUGUGAGUAUGAAAUGAAUGUUGUGCUUUUGCUUACACAGUACAAUAUGUAGUCACAGUUGUUUAAAUUGCUGUACAUAAAAACUAGUAGGCCAGCAUGCUUGUUUUUAAAGACUGUCAUUCUGAUUACAAUUGGAAUGUAAGACGUGGCUGUUCAAAUGUGAAUUGAAAGAUGUUUCCUUCUCGCUAUUGAGCUCUUGCUCAGACUGAAAAGUGAUUUUUUUUAAAAGCUGACAAUAGCUAGAGGAUGAGGUGCCUUUAAAAAAAACAGAAACAAAACAAAUGUAGCCUUACAAAGAGGUUGUGGAGUAUAUAUAUUUUUGUGCUUGUCUUCAUAAUUGAUGUCAAUGUCUUUUUACUGAACUUGCUCACAUACUUGUAGGACUGCAGGGUAUUGUGCAUGAGCCUGUCAGAUCUUCUGAACGUCAUCAUAGGAGAUAGGGUUGAAAAAAUUAUUUAGGUUAUCUAGUCCAUCUGCUUGCAAAAGCAGGGUUGUAGACUUGUGAGUUUUAAUAUUGUCUUGGCCAGUGAGAUUUUAUAUAUGUUCUAAACAAUUAGGCUUCCUUUGGAAGAUUAUUUCAAUGAUUACAUCUCACUGACAGGAGGAUUUACUUGAUAUUUAGUAGCUCUUUUUUGUAAUUUCAUGCCAGUAUUCCAAGCCUUGUUUUGUACCAUUUUGCAUAUUCCUCAUGGUCUUUGUCAUUUGGAACCCGCAUGCACACACUGGUUCUAUCUGUAUACUUCCAUUCCUUUCUGCUUUCUUCAUGCUAUUUUUUACACAACUUUUUCUUGUUUUCAGCUUUUAGCUCAGUUCUCCAUAUCUUGGUGUCCAUACUACCAUUCCACAUGCAUGAUUUGUUGGACUUAGUCUGAAGGUCAUCUCAUAAGUGUGGUUGUUGUUUGGUAGGGUUUAUCCUCUGUAACGUGAUGCUUUUGUGUAGGAAGACCAAAAUUCUGUCGUCUCCCAAACCCAAAUUGUGUUUCUUUAUUUCUCACAACUGCUUUAAAUAACUUUGAGCAUUGCUGCUUUUUGAGUUUCUUCUUCACUUUCAAUAUGUUGUUAUGAACCUUUUGGAGCUAGAGACUUAAUUCCUGUUUCAUGAUUAUCUUGGGUCUUACACACUUUGAACUUCUGACCCCUGAGGGCACUAAAUUAUUUUUAUUUGUUCCCCUUUUGUGUGCCCUCCUUCCUGGUUCAAUGUAAUUGGUAACUUUCAUUAAUGUGAUACAUACUUUAAUUGAAAGUGUAAACAAAACUGGACCUUAGGCUUAUUCUUGCAAAAAACAUUUUUCUGCAACAUCAGUAUAUAGUGUUUUACCAUUGCUAUUUUUCCCAUAUCUAAUUCACAUGGUAAAUUCUUUUAAUGGUUAACUCAUAUAAUUUUUUGUGUAUGUUAGCCUGUGCUACUGAUUUUGGUUUUACUAACUGAUUUAAUGGAGAAUUUUCAGUUCUUCUGUAUAUUGAAAGUUGGUCUGCUAGUUUUAAAUACUCUCACUUUUAAUUUACUUCACUGUGCUGUUUGCUUUCACAUAUUACCAAAAUGCCUGCUCAGAAUGAUUUGGAGUAGCCUGGAAGAAGCUUUAGAUAUAUUGUGUCACUCUUACAAAGUUCUGGUGUCUGCAUUUAUUUUUGUGCCUCAAAGAGAAAACUUUUGACAUACCACAUAAGCGAUUUUAUUACUUUUAAAAGAAUCACCUGAUGAAUAUUUUGGAAUCUCAUUUGUCUUUAUUUUGAUAAAA